AUAAACAUUUGCCCAGUCCAGUUACCUUUUGCCCUUCUGAUUGUUAACAUCGAAACAAAAAUUCCUUCGCCUUACCAUAACAAGCCAAAAAUAAGUCUAAAUCUACCAUGCUGACCAAAAAUGAAGCUAGAGAAAUUAUUUUCUUCGCAUUUUCCAAUAUGUUCGUGGGACCAGCAAUUUGUAUGUGGGGAAUGUAUCCCCAGUUUCGAAAUUACAUGGACGAAAGUGAGGCCAAAAAUUUCACCGGUGUGGAGCUAGCACUGAAAUAUUAUCCGGUUUUCUGGGCCAAUGCUUCCCUCAUAUUCUGCUCUUCUGUUUCCGGAUUAUGCGCAGAUGUGGCAGUCAUGAGAUUCUUGGACAUCCCUAAUUGGCGGAUCAAAUUAGGAAAGGUGGCAACGUUCUUGUCGACAUCGUUAUGGUGGCAAGCUCUGCUGUUCAUAUUCUACGACGUUGAUCCGAUGAAGUGGAGGACGCCGGACGGAACUCUGGCCUCAUGGGGACCGAUUGAGUUGUCCGUCCCGACAAUUCUUUAUUAUGUAUUCGUGCAACUUUAUUUUUCAGAAAUAUGCUACAAAUUGGUUUAAGAGGAAGAGGAUGAAGAUUAGGAAAAAUCUUGUAAAGAGGAUGGAUAGGAAAAGAGCGAGUAGGUGACUUCUGGAGAAAUUUAUGCACGCAUUUUCUUGUAAUCGAGUUAAAAGUUAGAAGCUUCAGGAGGUAAUUAUUUAAAUCGUGUGUGCAAUGUACAUACCUAUAUUAUUUUAAACAGUUAUAAGUAUGCAGUGAGACUUAUCAAAAUUAUGUACAUACGGCGGAAAUAUUUUAUUACGAUGGUUCAAAAAUCGGUAUUUGUGUAAUAAUUAAGCAAUUAUUUAAGUAA